AUGGCGAGGAUCCAGCUGGUUCGUGUCAAAGUGAGCUGGACAGUACUUUUAGCUCUGGCCCACCUCACGUACCUUUUGUUUGGAGCCAUCAUUUUCCAGAUUCUGGAACGGGAGGCUGAGAGCAAUAACCGAAACCACUUCCAAUUGGAGAAGUUGAAUUUCUUGGCAAAUUACACCUGCCUGGAUGGGCCAGCCUUGGAGAAGUUUGUUCAGGUUAUUUUAGAUGCUUGGGAAAGGGGCGUGAAUCCCUCAGGCAAUUCAACUAACCCCAGUAAUUGGGAUUUCAGCAGCGCCUUCUUUUUUGCAGGCACUGUAGUCACAACUAUAGGCUAUGGCAACCUUUCUCCCAGCACUGUCUCCGGUCAGGUGUUCUGUGUCUUUUAUGCACUGUGCGGCAUUCCACUCAACCUGGCCUUUCUCAAACAGCUGGGCAAGUGUCUUACCAUUCACCUAGGUCGUCUGGAGCGAGGCAUGGUCUCUGUGGUACUACACAAGCAAACUGUUGAGGUGUUAGCAGUGAGUGCCUUCUUCAUCACUGGUAGCCUGCUGUUUCUCGUCAUACCCCCUCUUCUGUUCAGUUAUGUGGAAGGCUGGACAUUUGGAGAGGGUUUCUACUUUGCUUUUAUUACCCUCAGCACCAUAGGGUUUGGAGAUUAUGUGGUGGGGACAGACCCAGGCAAGGAGUACAUCUCUCUGUACCGUAGCCUGGCCGGUAUUUGGAUCAUCUUUGCAUUGGCCUGGCUUGCUCUUAUUCUCAGCAUGGGAUCAAGAAUUAUGGCGCAUUUGAUCAGAAGAAACAAGAAAGAGGAGGAGGAAGAGGAUGUGUCAUCCAAUAAGGUGGAAGACACCUCAAAAAUUUAA